UUGGAUUGGCAUGGCUGUGUGCUGCUCAGCUCUGCGCUCUACAUCCAUGCAGCUCCUGCCUGGAAGUCUGGAUUCUCUCCGCAGAGAAACACAGCCCUGACUCGGUGCCGGACGGAGUAACAUUGAGCUGUGUUUUCAUAGCAUGUUGCCGGGCAUUUGGCAGCUAGAGAGGGAAUAAUAAGGAGGGAUAACCUUACCACACUUGAGCGAUGUUCUGUGAGCUUCUCUCUGUCUCGUUUCAGACCGUCAGGCUUUACUACACAGAGACCUGGGACUAAUGGAGGGAUGCCAUGAUGUUACUCUCCGCUUGUCAUGCUUGAAUCACAGCUUCAUAUAUCCUUUUGUGUCAGAUACCUUAUUGUCUUUGUCUGUCACUGCUGCCAGAUCCACUGUGGGGUAGCGUGGUGGAAAGAUCCCCCUCCUCAACCCCCCUGUCCCUUGUCUGUGCCCCCGGCUUCUCAUCACUCCCAGCUCGCUCGUGUCUAUUUACCUCUCUUAAGCUACCCUCCCCUCUCUGUUAAGCUCCGUCUUUGGUGCUCUCCCGCUCCUCUCUGCUUACUAUCUCCUUCGCUUUGCUCCUUCAAAGCAGGCAGUCUGUUAUUCUAUCCCGGCAGGUUGCUACAUGAUCUCCUGGAAAACAGUUUUUGCCGCUUCUUUGCCUCCUCUCGAUUCCUGAGCCCUUGCAGAAUUCCAUCUCAACACCGGCAGGAUGUUCCUUCGCGAGGAUUGAUCCCCAUCCACCCCCUUUCACUUUCCCCUUCCCCUCCCUCGUCCUGAUCUCCUGCCCUCUGACCCUCACCCUCGUGUUCUCUAACCCCACCCUCCCUGUCCUACUCGCCCUUACCCCGAGCCUCUUUCCCCCGUAACUCAUUUCACCCCCUUGACCAUGUUGCCAUGUGUCUGCUGGCUCCAACUUAUCCUCAUCUUGAUGUCCUCUGCCUUAUGGACCCGGGGGGAGAACUGCCCAGUAGCCUGCCUGUGCCCGGACCCUCACACUGUGGACUGCAGUGGCCGUGGGCUGACCCGUCUACCCAAUGAGAUCCCCUUGGAUGUGCGCAGGCUGCUGCUGGCUGACAACUGGAUACCCCGCAUCCCCUCGGACUUCCUGGUUCUGUACAGUGACUUGGUCUACCUGGACCUCCGGAACAAUUCCCUCUCCCACAUCGAACCGGGGACCCUCAGCACCUCCUCCAGGCUGGUCUUCCUGGACCUGGGCAGCAACAACCUGACUGAAAUCCCAACAGGAACUUUUGGGGAGUCUCGGAGCUUGAUUAAACUGAGGCUGGGCAACAACCCGUAUCUGAGCAUGGUGAGUGAGGAUGCUUUCUCUGGGCUCACCUCUCUGAGGGAACUGGAACUGGAGCGUAAUGCACUGUCUACGCUCCAGGUAGGGGCGCUGAGUCAGUUGCCCUCCCUGCGGGCAGUGAGGCUCGAGGGCAACCCCUGGCUGUGCAACUGCAACUUUGCCAACCUGUUCACGUGGCUGAUGGAGAACAGCCACAAGCUUCCAAACGGGGUGGAAGGUAUGGAGUGCUCCCUCCCCAUGGACGGCAGACGUGUUUCCCUGACCCAGCUCUCCAAGGACAGCUUCCGUGAGUGCCAGGCCACACUGACUCUCACCGACCUGCUCAUCAUCAUAUUCUCUGGCAUCUCUGUGUCUGUGGUGGCCAUCAUGACAAGCUUCUUUCUGGCUUCAACUGUUCAUUGCUUCCAGCGCUGGAGUAAAGGCACCAAGGGGGAUGAGGAGGAGAGUGAGGAGUGAUAAGGGUUUGACUUUAAGGGCCUGCAUGGUCAUGGUACUUUAAGCAAAAAGAGGACACCUCAGACAGUGCGUGCUACAUGUGACAAGUUUAAUGCUGCCUCCUGUCUGGUAAACACCAAGGACUGUUUACCGGUAGGAUCUUGCCCUGAUGCAGUUGGUUUCUUCGCACAUGAAAUAUGGUAUCAAAAGACAUUCUCAAGGAAUGAGCCAAAGUCCCAAUAAAAAAAGAGCGAGCGCCUUGCUGCACUUGCAAAAUGAUAUAAUAGAGAUCGUAUUUUUGGCUGUGAGACCCUGUGGUCAUAUUUUAUGGCUAUUGGCUCUUGGCUCAAUGUGGUAGAAAGUACAUAAAUAUAGUAAAGUUAACACCAUUAUGAUAAAAGAGUGAAAGAUUUAAGAAAAAAGACGUGUUGCUGCAGUGCUGUCACGUUAGUAUUAGACAAUGCGAUAACUUGUCCACAUGUAUUCAUAUUACAUUUAAAGUGACACCAAGUUUUGGGUAACCACUCAGAUGAUUUUCAUGGGACUUUCUCUGUGUGGGGCAGAAUACCUGAUCCCAUAAAACAAAGGAUGUCAUACCGACCAAGGACCUCAGUAAUUACCUGCCUAUAAUAUGAUAUGCCGGCAUAUCCUGCCAUUUACAAUGUCUGUCUUUGACAGCCUAACUCACAUUGAAAAGUGGUUCACAAGCCACUUUGUUGGGCAGAUACUGUUGUUUCUUCUGCAUGUAAAAUAAGAUGGUGGCAGGGGUGUCAGUCAAAAGGUAAAGGAUUUGGAUCAUGGCGAGAUGUUAUUGUAGGUAGCCGAUGUGCUGUAGGCAGGAAGUGUUUCCAGUUGGUCACAAUCUUUCUGCAAAGUAUUCAUUAUAUAACCACAAACUGACGUACAAAAGAAAACAACUUAAGCUAUACAUCCUAGAUUGAUAACUGUGUAGAAAGAUAACAGUGUAAUCUUGAAAAUUAUGGCAAAUAUUUUAAAAUAGAAUCUACGUAGAACUAUUGUGUCAAUUAACGCACUUUAUUUGGUGAACCUAAUAUUGGCAAGCCCCUAAUUAAACUAUGUAGACUGGUUUUGUCUCCAUCUGCCAAAGAGUAGGUUUAGGUUAAAGAGAGAUUGCAUUAAGAGGACGCUGUUGCAGAUGAUGUGUUAUUUCGUGAGGUAGGAAUAGCUCUUUAACAGAAGGCAGCACUAUAGCCAAAAGACUUUGUAUACACAUAUUGUACUCAAACAGUUAUGGUCUCCAAAGAUUAGCAAAUAGCCAUCUGUCUUACUUGGAUUCACACAUAGGCUAGCAGUCUUUAACUCCUAUUAUAAAAAUCACUUCUGAACAAAUGGUUAUUUACUUUUAAAUGGUGGCGGGUGAUAGGUUUGUCUCUUCAGGAAAAAAUAGACCAUUUUUUUUUUCAAUUUUGUUUUGAAAUAUUCUGAAUGAAUAUAUCAUAUGCUAUCAGUAAGCAUUUGUUCUUAUCGAGAUAUAUUGCAGUAAGCUAAUGAGUUGAUUUCCUGGAAAAGUACCUUACUUUAUCAGCAUAUGGAUUCAUAAGAAUGACAGUACAGUACAAUCUAAAUUAAAUAAAGCAGCACCCUGAAUAUUAUGGGCUUCUGUUUGUUUUUACGUUCUGUAUGUUUAAAUCCUCUUCCAUUAGGAAUGAUAAAAGUUGGAGUAUUUUUUCCCCCUAAAGCUAAGGUGUGUUUCAUCGCUUCUCACAUUCUUGUAAGGCAUGAAUAAUUCAGAGAAAUUGAGACAUGAACCAGAAAGAAUGUCAAGCUUCUUAAUACGAACAAGGAGAUGAUGGAAAAAAGAGCUGUGAGCAAAAAGAGUUGUCAUUUCUGUGUGCUUAACAAAGGAUAAAAGAAAUUCCAAAUGUCUGUAUCCCUUAAGAACAAGCCAUGUGCAGCAUUGUGAAGCACGUUAAGCAGAAAUAACAAAAAAGAAAAAUGGCCUUAUUUAUUUUUGGUAUUUUUCAUUCUUAUCAGUAAUAAUGUAAGCACAACUGUUUCACAGGAAAUAAUGUUAUUCUAGUAUACCCUUUUAAAGGAGGUGUUGCAUCACAUAUUGGUACCAUCCUGUAUUGUCUUCAUUAAUGUGUAUUGUCCCACAUUGAGUUGAAAAUACUUCAUCUCUAGUGUAAGAUUUGUAUUGUAUGGAUGUCCUGUUUAAGCCAACAUUCAAAUGGUUACUGAUUAAAAUUGUAAACAAAUACAUUUGUAUUCAAUGACAAACAUUAAAGGCACAUGAUGCAAAUUAAUAUUAAUUUAAAACAGCUUAUUGACCUUAUCUGAACCCUUUCCCUGAACAGCAUCUUGUAAGGAUUCACAUUUGCUGUUAUCUAUUCUUAUGUAAUGUAGCAUGUCCUGCUAGCUAGCUUACUGCCUAAGGCUAAAAUUAACCAUUUGAUACUUUAAAAGACAAUGGGCACGUUUUAAGCUUCAGCUACUUCAUUGUUUGAUGGGGUUACAGGUUACAUUGUUGAAAUAGUUGUUUAGAACUGAUACUUCAAAGGUUUGGAGCCAAUGAUGUUAAUAUACACGACUAGUAACAAAGGCUGCUCAGUCCUGCCAUUUGUUUGUAUGGGGGAAUUGGCCACUCCAGCAACUCCAGACUAACUAGCAUUAGAUAUUAUGACAUUUGUCAAACUCAACAAUUCCCCUCAAAUCCCUUUUAUUGUAAAAGUGAAGCAGAGGCGAUUGUUGGAAAAUGCUAACAAUAAAGGAAUAGCAUAAAUCGAACCCUUGCAUUGUUUGCAUUGCCUGUCUAGUUAGAAUCAACUUUGUGGUUCUGUAAGAAUGAAAAACAUUGUAAUUAUAUUUUAAUUUUUGAUAAAGUACACCCGCUAGGGGGCAAUUCCUACCUAAGUAAUACAUAAGCAAUGCUUCUCGAUUGUACACACGUCUUGUACACGUCAACAACUGGUUAGCAUUCUAACAAUGGGACAUGCAUCUUUAUCGUCAGUAUUGUAGCAUGACAUCAAGCAAGUAGCCACUAAGUAAACAUUUUAGAUCUUUGUAAAUGGUUCUGUUUUCAGAUAGGAACAACCAGAACCAGGUUCCAGGGUUCUUAGCUAGAAAUGGGAAGCCUGCUUCUGUGUAAUUCUCCGUGCAAAUCUCUACAAAUUCCAUGGUUAAAAUGUGCAGGGUGAGAAUGGGAAGCUUGUCAACCUGUAACAAGAAUAUAGGAGUGCAAGCCUAUUGAAUAAUAGGCUUGCAGGAGUGCAAGCCUAUUGAAUAAUAGGCUUGCACUCCUAUAACACCACAAAUACUGUCUUGAAUAGGAUGCAAAUUAUAAGUGUGAGGUCCGCCAUUCUUUUUUCUUAUGAUGGUUUGUCAAUGUUAGUGAACAACACUUAUUUUUCAUAGACAUAUAUAGCAAAUUUCACAUACAUACUGUAUAGAGAGAAAGAUGCUAUUGAAAGGACAUUUAUAAUCUCAUCUCCUAACAAAAAGUAUAAAACCAUUUUGAUUUUGUUGGCAUGAGAGGAGGCAGGUUCUCAUGGAUCAAUAGUUUGAGUGGUUUCAAAAACAACUUCUGAUAUCUGAAGGUGCAGACUUUAGUCAAAUAAUCCGAGGAGAGUUUUUAUACAUAUCAUUAUCAUUUCCAACUACUGUGUAGUUACUGUUUAUUAACAAGUUAUUAUGUUAGCUUGAAGCAUAUGUAAGCAUGUCUUCUUUCUACUUUUAUUAAGUAAGAAAUAACAGCGCAUUAGAGCAUGCACUAUUGAGUUUCCAACAUUAUAGCAUUCAGAUGUAUGUCUAUUUUUCUAUUAAACCUUUCAGAAUUAAGUAUUUAUUUACUCCGUCAGUCCCUGAAGUCAUGUUCUGGCAUUGUGCACCUGGUAAGCAGAGUCAGAGAGAGUAGCUGCUUUCAUACAAUUUGUCUUGACAUUGCUCAGAAUACCAAAAUCUAUGUUUUGUCAUAUAAAUGUCAGACGGGCUCAAAUCUAAAUGAAGUGACAGCGAAGAGUGUGAUGUUGUUGCUGCAGCUGAAUGCAUUUCCAAAUGUCAAACAGACCGUAUGUGUAGCUGUAUAUUGAUGUUUGGUAAAAAAGAAAAAAAGGAAAGAAAAAAAAACAAUAAAAUCUUCUUUUCUGUC